CCUCCAGCGGUGUGUGUCAGUGGGGGGGCACGGCUGAGACGUGGCGGGGGCUGUCACUGGCGGAGGCUGAGGCGGCCGGGCCGGAGCCUGCCCUGCAGACUUGAAGAAGAGCUCUGUGUAGCUUGGAAACUUGUCCCUUCCACCAACAGAAGCUGGUCCAAUGAAAGAUAUUGCCUCACCCACCUUGUUUCUCAAAAAAUCCAUUGACGUAUAGAAGGAGAUGUUCUAGUCAUGUCUGAAAAAGCUGGCAGUGAAAGUCUGAAAGCAGGUGCCUCCCAGAAGGAUGAGAAUGGACAGAGAGCAGAGGAAGCUGGGUCCGUUGAGAGCAGUGGUAGGGAAGAGGAUGAAUCUGAACCUGUGGCUCUGACUCGGAAAAGACCUGAAGCCAAACCCUCUAAUGAGCCAAUUGUUGCAGAAGAGCCAGUGGAUCAAACCCUGAAAGUAUCUGAUUCCACUGAUGCAUCUCAGACAGGAUGGGGAUACUGGGGGAGCUGGGGAAAGUCGCUUCUCUCCACUGCCUCAGCCACAGUAGCUACAGUAGGACAAGGUAUUUCGAAUGUCAUUGAAAAAGCAGAGACGUCCCUUGGGAUCCCCAGCCCUAGUGAGAUCUCAUCAGAGGCCAAAGUUGUUACAGGAGGAAGCCAGAGUUCUGAAGCAAGCAAUACAGGUGGAGUUGAUGACAGCAGUUCCUUGCCCAUCAGUGGAGCUUUCGGAGUUUUAUCCACUCUUUCUACAGCUGUUCAAAGCACAGGGAAGAGUGUUAUUAGUGGAGGUUUGGAUGCUUUGGAAUUCAUUGGAAAGAAGACAAUGGACGUGAUAGCUGAAGGAGAUCCUGGAUUCAAGAAGACAAAGGGCUUAAUGAACAGGAAUUCUACACUGUCACAGGUCUUGCGAGAGGCAAAGGAGAAAGAAGAGCAGCGGACAGCUACCGAGGUUACCAUGGCUACCAAGAAGAAAGCCCAUUAUGGGUUACUCUUUGAUGAGUUUCAGGGUCUUUCACAUCUGGAAGCCUUGGAGAUGCUUUCCAGAGAGAGUGAUUCAAAGGUGAAGUCGGUUAUAAACGCCCUCUCUGGAGAAGAGUUAGACAUGUUAAAAGUGGAGUUGGAACAGCUCAAAGAAGCAUUUUCAUUAGCUGAAUUUUAUGAUGAUGAAGAGGAAGAGAAAAAGGGAGACGAAGAUUUCACAAAGGAAAUAACUGCGCUUUUCUUCGAACUGCACAUCUCUGCCAAGCCAGACAAACUAGCUGCGGCAAGGAAAUCUGCUCAUGAAUGGAUUGAAAGACUCAACGUGGAAGCUCCAAAAGAGGAGAAAAUGAGCGAAGAAAACCAACAGCUGGAUUCAGGGGAUGCUAACCAAGAUGUUCAAACAUCCGUAGAGGAUAUUCACGCAUUCGCCAUUAGAAGUCUGGCUGAACUGACCGCCUGCUCCAUUGAAAUGUUCCACAAAACUGCAGCAUUGGUCCUACAUGGUCAGAAGCAAGAGGUGUCAGCCACAGGCCGAGCCAAAGCCCUUUCACAAAUGACUAUUGUGCUGUGUAAAGAAUUGUCUUCGCUAUCUAAAGAGUUCACUACAUGCUUAACAACUGCAGGGGUCAAAGAGAAGGCAGAUGUGCUGAACCCAUUAAUCACGGGAGUGUUUUUGGAGGCUUCAAACAGUGCUUCAUAUAUCCAAGAUGCCUUCCAGCUACUCCUGCCUGUGCUACAGAUCUCUCUGGUCCAAACUCGAACCGAAUUAUCAUAGCAGUGAAUUAAUCCUGCUAGUCGAGCAGAAAGCACAUCUGCCCACUUGAUUGUUCCCUUGCCUGGGAAUGGGGUAGGGACAGAAAAUAAAUGAAGCUUUAAUCACUGGUACUACAGUGGUGAUGAUAAAA